AUGAAUCAUGAAGGCAAUGCUCAAGUAAAAGACACAAAAGCUCUGGCUCUCAUCCAGAAGUACGAAGCUUUCAAAAUGGAAGAAAAUGAGUCCAUUGAAACGAUGUUCUCAAGAUUUCAAACUCUGACUGUUGGCCUAAGAGUUCUAAACAAAGUAUACACCAAAGUAGACCAUGUCAAGAAGAUCAUCAUAAGUUCACCCAGAAGAUGGGCACCAAUGGUUACUGCACUCAAAGUUUCAAAAGAUUUGAAAAGUGUAUCUUUAGAAGAACUCAUAAGUGCACUAAGAAGUCACGAGAUAGAAAUUGAUGAACAUGAGCCCCAAAAGACAGGUAAGUCUGUUGCUCUUAAAUCUACUAAAAAUUAUGAAACUAACGCUUUUCAGGUUAGAGAAGAAAGCUCUGAGGACUCUACUUCACAAGAAGAAGAUGAGUUAUCUCUUCUCUCGAGAAGGAUCAACCGGAUGUGGAAGCACAGACAAAAGAAUUUCAGAAACUACAAAAGAUCAGAAGAUAAAGCAGAAUCCUCUAGACAUAAGAAGUCAAACAAAAGAAGUGUCAUCUGCUAUGAAUAUAAAGAACCAGGACACUACAAAAAUGAUUGUCCUAAGCUGCUAAAAGAUAGGUCAAAGAAAAAGUUUGAAAAGAAGAAAGGUUUAAUGGCCACAUGGGAUUAUUCAGAUUCUUUUGAAGAUGAAUCCAGAUCAGAAGAUGAACAUGCCAAUUUAGCUUGUAUGGCUACUACAACAGAUUAUUCUGACACUGAAUCAGAAUCUGAAGAGGUAUUCUCUGAACUUACUAGAUCUGGACUUGUAGAAAGUUUGUCAAAACUUCUUAAAAACUACAGUCAACUCAAAAUCAAAUACAAGAAAAUUGAGAAGAGUCUUGUAUAUGAAAUUAAGGAACUUAAAGUAGAAAAAUAUGAUCUUAAGGAAAAUAAUAUUAAACUCAAAGAAGAUUUACAUAAAGCUCAAAAAAUUUCUGUUUCGGAAACUGCUUCAAGUUCAAAAAAUAUUCUUAAGGAACAUGACUUUAUCUUUCAAAAAUUCAUCUCUAAGAGCAUAGAUAGAAGCAAAAUGGCUUCAAUGAUCUAUGGUGUGAGUGGAAACAACAGAAGAGGAAUUGUAUAUGAAACUCCCGAAGGGAAAGAAACAUACCAACCUAAACCUGCUGAUAAAAUGAAUAUCACAUAUAAACCACUGCAUAAAUAA